AUGUACUGGACAUCAUCACUGCUCGAAGUAAUUGUUAUAUUGGCAUACACCUUCCAAUCCAACCAUAUAUCUUCCCUACUCCUUAAAAUUCUGGUUAUCAAUCCCCAAUCCGCCUCUUUGAUCCAAAUCACUCCCAUAUUCUUGUUUGGUGUAUGCCUUAUGCUAAGCGGCACUCUUAUCCGAAUUCGCUGCUACCGCACGUUAGGAAAGCUGUUCACUUUCGAAUUAUCCAUUAUGAAGAACCACACGCUCGUCACUACUGGACCAUACGCAUAUGUCCGCCAUCCAAGCUACACCGGACUUAUUCUUAAUGUCAUCGGUGGAUAUGCCAGCCACCUUUCCACAGGGUCUUGGGUUAGGGAGAGUGGCUUAAUGAAAACACAGGUCGGAAUGGCAUUAGUGAUUCUGUGUGUUGCGGUUGGAGUUGCAGUUAUUUCCAGUCUUCUGCUACGCAUGCCCGGCGAGGAUGCGAUUUUGAGAAAGCGAUUCGGACGUGAAUGGGAUCAUUGGGCACGGAAUACAUCAUGGAUCAACAUACCCCCAACAUCAGCUACUCCAUAA